ACCUCAUCGAUUCCGUUGACCUCGACCUCGAUUCCCAACCUCACCGCAACUUCAUCUACCACCAUCAUCGCAUCAACGACCACGCCCAUUCACCACUCUCGAUCUUCCGAUGGAGGAGCAGGAGCAACAAUCCCCCCGCACCUCCUCGGGCAGCGGCAGCGGCGAAAUCUCCCUCCGCCCUCUGAAGCUCUCCGACGUCGAUGACUUCAUGGCGUGGGCCGGCGACCCGGACGUUGCCCACUUUUGCAGGUUCGAGCCCUACACGAGCCGCGAAGCCGCCCUGGCCUACAUCGCUGACACCGUCCUCCCCCACCCUUACUUCCGGGCCAUAUGUGUCGACGGCAGGCCGGUGGGGCAAGUCUCGGUGACCCGGAACAAGUCCCCGGCGGAUGCCUGCCGGGGGGAGCUGGGCUAUGCGCUGGCCUCAGGGUACUGGGGGAGGGGGAUUGCGACCGAGGCGGCGAGGGCAGCGGUGGCAGAGGCGUUCAGCGCGAGGCCGGAGCUGGAGAGGGUGGAGGCGAUCGUGGACGUGGAGAACAAGCCGUCGCAGAGGGUGCUGGAGAAGGCCGGGUUCACGAGGGAGGGGGUGCUGAGGAAGUAUCGAGUGCUCAAAGGGAGGACGAGGAACGUGAUCGUGUUCAGCCGUCUCUCUACUGAUGUCGAUUCUUGAUAUGUUAUCAGCACCAUAUGUGAUUUUCCUUCUUUUUUUUUCUUUUUUUUUGGGGCA